UGGCAGUAUGGAGCCGUGGCGAGCAUAUCCCUAACUACAUAACUUACACCUGCUGUGUACCUAUACAAUUGUUGCGCCAACAUUCCGCCAUCGUCUUAUACCAUGGCUACGGCCUCUCAAGUGUUGCACCGGGACAAGAGGCAGUUUGGCGAGACACAGCCCGGCCUGGUGAGAAUGGAGCCAGGCGGCCGAGUCUCCGCCUGCAUGGGCUGCGGCGCCGUCAUCAACGACCAGUACAUCCUGCGCGUGGCACCGGAUAUGGAGUGGCACGCUGCCUGCCUCAAGUGCGUCGAGUGCCAGCAGUUUCUUGACGAGACCUGCACUUGCUUCGUGAGAGACGGCAAGACCUAUUGCAAGGGGGACUAUGUCAGAUUAUUUGGUGCAAAAUGUGAUAAGUGCGGGAGUGUGUUCACGAGAACGGACAUGGUAAUGCGAGCGAGAUCGAAAAUAUUCCAUCUGGAUUGUUUUAGAUGCAGGUGUUGCGGAAAACAGCUGUUGCCCGGAGACGAGUUCGCCCUCAGAGAAGACGGCCUCUUCUGCCGCUACGACUUCGACGCCAUCAAGGAGGAGACACGAGACCACGAAAUGACGGACGACAACCACAACACGGAUCCCACGUGUCCGGUGCAGUUGGCGGGUGAGUCGUGGAGACGCGACACUUCAGGAAGAGUCCACAAGAGCGAAGGAAAGCCAACCAGGAUUCGAACGGUGUUGACAGAGAAACAGCUACAUACGCUGAGAACCUGCUACGCCGCCAACCCACGCCCAGACGCCCUCAUGAAGGAGCAGCUGGUGGAGAUGACGGGCCUGUCUCCUCGCGUGGUGAGGGUUUGGUUCCAGAACAAGCGGUGUAAGGACAAGAAGAGAGCGCAGUUCCUGAAGCAGGCGGCGUUACAGCAGGAGAAGAGCGGGCGAUUUGGAGCAUAUGGCGCCAUGCAGGGCAUCCCUCUGGUUGCCUCCCCGCCCGUGCAUGCAGAAGCAGCGCCCACGCCCUUGGACGUGACCGCCUACCAACCGCCCUGGAAGUCCCUCACGGAAUUCGCCCUCGCCCACGACCUGGAGAGACUCGACCCGUCGCACCCUCAGUACCAGCAUAUGAUACAACAGAUGCACGGCUACGGCGUCGAGCAGGACCACGCCCUUGCACACCACCAGCUCCCGCAGUACAUGGAGGAGGGAGGGCCGCCCAUGGGACACCCUUACUCGCAUCCUUCCUCUAACCCUUCGGCACAGUUCCCCGGCACACCCUCGGAGCUCUCCUCGACAUCCAGCGACUAGUGUUGGGCGGGCGAGUUUCUUCGCCUGCUCGCUGUGAUGGGGAUGGGCGUGUACCUGGCGCCCGCCCUGAGGAAUUUUAGUUGUUGAGGGAUUUG